UCAGUUAACUUUCAGUCUUCUUUAAAGAAAGCCUGAAAGGAUUAUAAUCAUGAAAUUGAUUAUCUUAUUUUAUCUUUUUCUGCAUAUUGUGAUUUCUACACAAAAAAGUCCAGGAACACCAAGAAGCAUUGACCCGAAUUAUCGACCAAUUCCUAAAUCGGUUUUUACUGUCGUUGCACCAACUGUAAUUCGUCAAGGUAAAACUUUUGAAGUUUAUAUAAGAGGCUUCAAUAUACAGGAAUCUGUUUACUUGACAAUCAGAAUCAAUGGAACCAGUGAUGAAGGUGAUAAGUUGAAAAUUAAGAAAUAUGCCAAAAUUUCGAGAAGUAGCUCGAAAAAAUCUGUGACAUUUGAUACAUCUAAAAUCGUAAGUGGAACUUACACACUAGUCAUUGAAACUGAUGAUGGAUUUGCUGAGCAGAGAAGCUUGACUUAUAUGAAUAAGAAGUUCUCAUUCUUCAUUCAAUUCAAUAAAGCCAUUUUUACACCCGGCGAUCUUCUUCAGUUCAGAGUCUUUGCUGUUGAUUCUGAAACCAAAGCUAUUUCUCCUAAAUGUACAAGUGCUAUUACAAUUACUGAUCCAAAUGAUAACUCAAUACAGUCAUUCGAAGAUGUGACAUUUAGCAGAGGCAAAUAUGAAAACAGUUUCCAGUUAUCAGAAAAGGCUGGCUUAGGAAUUUGGAAGAUUUCAGCUCGAUGUGAUCAAGAGGUUGAAACGAAAGUAUUUGAAGUUGCUGAAUACAUCCUGCCAUUAUUGGAUGGAAAACUAACAGUGCCAAGUAUCACACCAGCAACAAAUGGGAAAAUUCCAAUAACUGUUGAUAUUACAUACACUUCUGGAGGUGAAGCUUCAGGAAAGGCAACAGUAACAAUAUCAAGAUAUGGAAGUAAUGUUUUUACAAAAACUAUAACUGUUAAUUCUGGAACUGCAACGUUUGAUGUCAAUAUGAUAAGAGAUUUGAAAAUUGAUGUCUCGGAAUAUUCAACCUAUCAAGCAGCUUUAGUUUUCGAAGAUCCAUUGACUGGAAUCAAAGUAACUGAUACAAAAAGUUUCAGUAUUAGACCAUAUUCUUACAGAAUUUCAGCAAAUGAAGAAGCACCAUUGAAGCCUGGAAGUGAUUUAAAAUUCACAAUUACAAUGAUUCAUGUUGAUGGUUCACCAGCACCAGCUGGAACUCUAAUUUAUCUCAAACCUAAUAAUCCAAAAACACUUACUCCUCAAAACUUAACCAUUGGUGAAGAUGGAAGCGUAUCAUCAUCUUACUAUAUUCCAGAAGGUACUACAUAUGUCUCUGUAGACAUCAUUGCUGAUGAUGCAUACGAAGGAUAUUUUGGACCAAGAUUACCAAGCUAUGGAAAUGGAGCAUAUUGCCACAUUGAAGUUAUUACCGAAAAACCUAAAAUAAAUCAACCUGUUGAACUAAAGAUAAGAACUUUGUUCAAAGUUGAUUUUGUAAUGCUUCACGUUAUCUCAAAAGGAGUUCUUUUAGAAAGUUCAAAAGUUUAUUUCGAAGAUGACAGAACUGAAGAUGAUGAAUUCAGCGCAGUCAAUUACAAAAUCAAGACUUCAUUUAAAAACGCACCAGUAACAAAAGUUAUUGCUUAUUACAUUAGAGGUGAUGGAGAUUUUAUUGUUGGACAAGCUUAUAUCAGUUUUGAAAAUGAACUUCCCAAUUAUCUUCAAAUUACACCAGCAACUCAGGAUGUAAAGCCAGGCGAAGAAAUAAGUUUGAAUAUUGAAAGUAAAAUGUAUUCAAGAGUCUCAUUGGUCGCUAUGGAUCAAAGACUUUUGUUACUAAGAGAAGGUGCUAAUAUCACUAAAAACACUGUGUUUGCAGAUUUAAGACAAUACACUUCCUACAAUGUUAAAUAUGAUUACAACAACCUCGCUGAAUAUGAAUAUAAGUUUGGAAGUGCGGGGCUUUUUGUCUUUACCAAUAUCCCGAGACCACCAAUCAAAUAUAGAAGAUCAUUACCAAUAGAAGAAAGAGCAAGCAAACCAAGAAGAAGUGGACCAUCAGGCAGAGAUGAUGUUAAAGUUCGAAAAGAUUUCAGAGAAACAUUUUUGUGGCGUGAAGUUGGCAUUUAUGAAUCCGCUAACGAUGACGAUGAUGACUCAAGAGGUUUAGAAACAAUCACUGAAAAAGUUCCAGAAUCUAUCACAACUUACUUGAUUUACGGUGUCUCAAUGAGCAAAUAUGAUGGAAUGGGAUUAUGUGAUAAUGUCCCAUCAGUCAGCAUCUUCUUACCAUUUUUCCUCUCCGUUGAUUUUCCAUAUUCUAUUAAACGUAAUGAAGUUCUAGUUCAAGACAUUUUCAUCUUUAAUUAUUUGAGAAAGAGUCAAACUGUUGAGGUUAAAAUAACAAAGGAUGCAUCAUUUGAUGCUGUCGAUUUUGAAACUUAUGGAUGGAAAGAUACCAAAAGCUUCUACGUCAAAACUAUAACAACUGUUGUUGGUAAGAACAUCAAACUUCAAUUUGGAAUCAAGUCCAAAUCCUUAGGUUUUGCAACAUUUGAAAUAACUGCUAAAGGAGCAUUGGCUGGUGAUGGAAUCAAAAAACAAUUGAGAAUCAUACCUGAGGGAAUAUCACGUUCAAUUACUUCAUCGGUAUUCAUAGCUCUUGACUCUAAAAAUCCAGAGUUUAAGACAACAUUGAGCUGCACUCUUCCUAAGUCUGCAUACCAAGACACAACCUCUGUUUCUGCUACUGUUGCUGGUGACAUUUUCGGAAAAGCUUUAAGCAAUCUUGACAAAUUGAUUAAAAUGCCGAGCGGUUGUGGGGAACAAACAAUGUUAAGUCUUGCACCUGAUAUCGCCAUUUAUGAAUAUUUAUCAGCAUCAGAUAAGUUGACACCAGCAUUAAAAACUACUCUAGAAACAUACAUUCGUGCUGGAUAUCAGAAUGAAUUGAGAUAUCAAAGACGUGAUGGAAGUUUUUCAGCAUUUGGUGAAAGUGAUCCAUCUGGUUCAACAUGGUUGACUGCUUAUGUUGUCGAAUACUUCUAUUUUGCCAAAUCUAUGAUCACAAUUGACUUAAACAUUAUAAAGAAAGGUGCCGAUUUUGUUAUCGAGCAACAAUCUCCUGAUGGAUCAUUCAAAGAACCUGGAAGAGUUAUUCAUUCUGAUAUGCAAGGAGGAAGUGGAGCAGGAAUUGGAUUAACAGCUUACUGUGUAAUUAUGCUUACAUUCCUUCUUCCUGAUUAUCCUGAUUACAAAGAUGCAAGAGAUAAGGCUGUUAAAUACUUGGAAGACAACUACAGCACUGGAAGAACUAUCUAUGAAUUAGGUAUUAUAGCUUAUGCAUUGAAAGUGGCAGACAGCAGCAAAGCAAGUUCCGCAUAUGACAUGUUUUAUGCCCAAAAGACCGAAACAACAACUCUAUUAUUCUGGGCAACACCAGCACCACAAAACGAUGGAUUUUCUUACUAUAAUCAACCAAGAUCACUUGAUAUUGAAAUCACUUCUUAUGGUUUAGUAACAGUCAUCAAGAGAAGUGAAAAAUUGGCCACAGUUCUGAAAAUUGUAAAAUAUCUUGUCAGUCAAGCCAAUAACCUUGGUGGUUAUAGUUCAUCACAAGAUACAGUCAUGGCAUUCUAUGCAAUGAGUCAAUUUGCUAGCUCUUAUUCUUUAGAUACAAAUGUGGAACUUACUAUGACACCAAAUUUCGGUGAUGAAUUUGAAGCCAGUGUUGAUUCCUCAAAUGCUUUAACUUUACAAUCCUUUGAUUUGAAUGCUAGCACUAGAAAAUUGAAGGUAGUUGCAACUACUGAUGAUUCUGGUCUUGCUAUUGUCAGUCUUAUCUGUAACUUUUAUGAAGAUCCAACAAAAGUUGUUCCAGUUUUCAACGUAACUUACAGCUUUGAGAACACGUGUAUACAAAGAAUAACCAUGGAUGCUUGUGCAAGCUAUAUUCCUAAAGGUAAAUCCAACAUGGCCAUCAUGAUUGUAACACUUCCUUCUGGAUUUAUCUUCAAUGCAAGACAAAUCCAAGAGAAUCCUGAUAUAAGCAGAACAGAAGUUACAAAUCAAGGAACGAAGGCCACAUUUUACUUCAACAGCAUUUCAAGCAGAAGAAGUUGCGCUUCCGUUAAUGCUUACAGAAACAAGUUUGUUGCUGAAUUGAAGGGAGCAACUAUUGAAGUUUACGAUUACUAUGACACAUCUAAGCAAGGAAUGACUUCUUAUCCACCUCCUGCUUUGACAGAAGAAUGCAGAUACUAUCGCUAAUAGUGUGAGCCUCACUAAUUGAUUAAAAAAUUGAAUUUUAAGCAAGUUUUCUAAAUUUUUUCAAUUUUGCAUUAAAAGUUUUGAUUUAAUUUUAAAGUUUUUAAUUCUCUUCUUGUAUUUCCUCAAUUCUGAAUAAAACUUUGGCUUGAUAACUUA